AUGAGUCCGUACCGCCUCGUUUAUGGCAAGGCUUGCCAUCUGCCGGUGGAGAUUGAGCACAAAGCAUACUGGGCAAUCAAGGCUGCCAAUUAUGAUUUGGACUCUGCCGUGAAGCAGCGCACGCUGCAAAUGGAGGAGUUGGAUGAACUAUACAAUGAGGUGUAUGAGAAUGCAAGGAUUUAUAAGGACAAAGUGAAGCGACUGCAUGAUUGCCGCAUUUUCCACAAGAAGCUCUACCCCAGAAUGAAGGUGCUAUUGUUCAAUUCUAGACUGAAGUUGUUUCCGGGCAAGCUGAAAUCUAGAUGGAGUGGCCCUUUUCUACUCAAGGAGGUGUUUGAGCAUGGUGCGAUAGAGCUAUUUAAUGAAAAUACGAAAGAGAGUUUCAGAGUUAACGGCCAUCGCGUGAAGCCGUACUAUGAGCACCAGAGCCCGCCGAUGGUGGUGGAGUCUCAAGCUCUGCACAAUCCAGGCUGA